UAACACUGAGCGAUAAAAUAUAAAAUUUUAAAAAAUUUAUACAUUCUUGUAUGUUUAAAUAAUUAAAAAUAAUAUGACCCAGAAUUAAUUCCUUCAAACAUUUACAUUUAUAGAAUAAAAAUGUUUUCAUCACCAACAAAGUUUUACCCUCAUGGAUUCUCUUUCGGUAGAAUCACAUCAACAUAACCUCAAUUACGUGCAAAUAAGUAUGGUUUCUAAGCAUACAGGUGUUUUGAACAAUCAUUUACUGAUGUUUUAAUUUUUUUUGACAUAAGCAAGAAUGUCUCGUAUUGUGAAAAUAGUGACAACAAUCAGAAAUAAUUGGAAGAAAUCCUUAGUUGGUGUUGCAGCUGUUACUUAUGGUGUUUCAUAUGCAUCUGAAAAAUAUCAAACCAAUUCGUUAAUGAGAGCUUAUUGUCAAGAAGUUGUAAAAUUUGGUGAUGAACCACUACCUACAACGAAACAUCCACAACACCUUGUAGUUAUUUUAAAUCCUAUUGCAAAAAAGAGAAAGUGUAAAAAGCUAUUUCAAGAGUUUUGUGAACCUUUAUUGCAUUUAGCCGGAAUUGCAGUGACAAUAAUUUAUACUGAACAAGAGGGCCAUGCUAGAUCUUUAGUUGAAAAAUUAGAAAUUCCAGCUGAUGCUUUUCUAGUUGCUGGAGGAGAUGGUACAGUUUUAGAUGUUGUUACAGGUCUUAUAAGAAGAUAUGAUGGAAAUUUAUCAAACAUAAAGAACAUUCCUAUUGGAAUAUUACCUCUUGGAGAAUUAAAUAAAUUAGCUAACUCAAUAUUUGUUGAUAAAUAUGAUGAUCUUAAUCAUGUACGUCAAAUGAUCGAUGCAACGAUGGCAGCUAUAAGAGGGUCAACGAAAUUAAUUGAUGUUGUUAAAGUAGAACCACUUGUGCAAGAUCCUGAAAAUCUUAUCAAACCAAUUUACGCAACAAACACAAUUCAAUGGGGUGCCUGGCGAGAUGUAGAAGCUCGACAAAGUAAAUAUUGGUAUUGGGGAAGUUUGAAAAGUUAUGUGACUUAUAUUUUUAAUGGCUAUAAAAAGAAAAAUAUAAACUGGGAUUGUAACGCUAACAUCCGAUAUUCAGACCCAUGUCAGGGUUGUUCCAAUUGUUAUAAUAAAUCUCAAUUCAAUGAAAGUUCUGAUAAACGAUGGUGGCAUGUAUUUAUUCCCAGAAUAAAGAGUUACUCAAAUGAGCCAGAUUACAGUAGAAUAAAAAAUGAAAAUUGUAAUAAAUAUCACGAAGUUCCAAUAACAGCUACUGAAUUGAGUAUAGUAACUAGAAAUGUAGAACAUUCUUUAGCGGAAAAUCUACCAGCAAUGAAAUUAAAACUUGGUCCUGAAAAUAUAAGUUAUUUAGAUUUCGUCAAAGAAGGAUGGAGAAGGAAUAAAGGUUAUAUAACCCUUGUACAGAAGACAUUUGAGGCUAAAGAUUUAGAGUUGAUGCCUACUAUGUCAGAUAAUUCGGAUGAUCAACAGUACUUUUCUAUCGACAAUGAAGAAUUUGAAUUAAAGCCAAUGAAACUUAAGUUAAUACCAAAUGCUGUAAAAAUAUUUUGUCCAUAAUAAGACAAUUUCACAUAGAAUUGAAUUUUUUAAUUUAGU